AUGGCCGAGCAUGGAGACGAGUCCAGUCUCACCUCCAAACCUCGCAAUGAACGCCCGUUCUUAUAUCCGUGGAAUCGCCGACUGCGUCAUCUACACGGCAUCUCCUUGCGCAAUCUCCACAUUACUGCCCCCGGUGCCAGAAGGCGUGCAAAGACGAUUACGGACGACGAUGCACUCUACAGCCUCGCCUCUCCCACAAAGCGCGCCCUGCAGAACGACACCAAGCAACUGGCCCAGUCCCGCUCUUUCGCAGAUUUGUCCUCCGCGCUCGACGACCCCUUCAACCCAAUUCCCCUACACAAAGCUUCCACUUCAUACGACAAGAAUGAGGUACACUCGAAUCGGCCCAGCGGAGGUCGAAUGCGCAGAAGCAGCACCUUACAUUGGGCAUCUGCAAGUCCGCGGACGCGGCAGUCGAAGUUGGAAGAUAUCGUUGUGAGCCGUUUAGCAGAUUCAUGGAUUUCUGUCCACUGUCCAGGCAGUUCAGAACCUAUCUACAUCAGCGAGGUAAUAGAGAGGUCCAUGAACCCUAGCUUUGCCUUUUUCGACCUGGACAGCAGUGGAUCCCACGUAUCAAGGUCUGCGGAAUGUGCCAUCCGGGUGUGGGCUAGAAGUGCCGACACUGAAGAGUACUGCCUCCUUGUCGAACUUGACCUGGAUCUGCGGUCAUUGCAAUUCCUCGGUCGGAGCCUUGAGAAAUUCCACCAUCCUUUACCCCAGAACUGUAUCCUGCUUCACUUGUCCGAUGGCAUCUAUACCAGCUUUACCGACUUGCCGGCCGAGCCGCACCCCAUGGUCGACCAAUCCAUUAAUCAUCGUGAUGGCGCCAGCAACCUAGGCUCUUCCUUCGAUGCUCUGAUGCAACUUGCAAACUUGGAUGACUGCAUACAAGAUGCCGUCAAGGUCAGGUCUCAGAUUGAAGACGAUAUCAACACCAUCCUCGCGGAAGCCAACGUGCUCAACAUCGAUGAUGAGGCAGACCCUGGGUUCGACGGUGAAAGUCCUCAAGCGAAGGCUGCACUAGCGGCGGAACAGAAACGGCUACGACAACUGAAAAGCCGGAGAGACGAGCUGGAACAGUCCUUAGAGCGGAGACGCCACGCACUAGCCAUCGGUCGUGAGACGUUGUCGGAGUCUAGGAAGCUCUUAGGAGACAGGUCCCAGGCGUGCAAAGACUUAGAAACUCGGCUGCAGCAUAUGGAGACAGAGGCGCGCGGCCAGAUUCGGCGGAUAUGUGAGGCGUUACUCAACAUUUUCCCCAUUGAACCCUUCAAAAGUCGCACGUUGCAGUUCACCAUCUGCGGCAUUUAUCUUCCGAACUCCGUUUACGACGACACAAAUCGCGACGAGAUAUCAGCAGCUCUUGGCUUUACUGCGCAGCUAGUGCAUCAAUUGGCGCUAUAUCUAUCCACACCGUUGCCCUAUCCCCUUGAGCCGUACGGUUCUACAUCAUUCAUUUCGGACCCGGUCUCCAUUGGACUCAGCCAAAGAAAAUACCCCCUCCAUCCUACGAGCGUGCCGUACAAGUUUGAAUAUGCGGUCUUCUUGCUCAACAAGGACAUUGAAUUUCUUAUGAGUCGUGCCGGUCUACGGGUCCUUGAUAUUCGGCAUACGCUGCCCAACCUCAAGUACCUGCUUUACGUUUUGACAGCGGGCACGGGAGAUCUACCCGCUCGCAAGGCUGGCGGAGUCAGAGGGCUUCUAGGUGGCCGCAUCAGUUCUGAUGUAUCACGACGGACCAGCAGCGACAGCCUGCAAAGCAUACCAGCACUUUCCAAUCAAGACACCAAUGAUGCGAAGGUGAAUGGAGGAUUUGGUGGUACGAAGGAGAAACAGUCCAACGACUCAUUUGUGUCAACCUCACCGGCGCAGGAUCUGUCAUAUAGGACUGGCUUUUCCGGCCUGCGGGAUAGGGAAACAAAAUAA